AUGGUCAGAGUUGCCACCAGUCAUGAUCCGGAGCGUCCCCUCAACGAGGAGCAGUGGUUAAUAUUGCAAGUCAGUUGGGGAUUGUGGGACGGCCUCAUGCUCGUACUUGCUUUUACUCGCUCCAAUGCCAUCGACUACUCGAAAGACGGAAUCCGAGUGAACUGUAUCUGUCCGGGGGUCAUUGAGACGCCGAUGACAACCUCCAGUGAGGACAUUCGCGAGCGACUGAAACCCGCCGUGGACAUUAAUCCAGGCCACGAAGUAUAA